UCUCCGCCAUUGUCGUUACAUUACAUGUAAUCACAAAUACUUAGAUUACAAAAACGGAUUACAAUACUUUUAUUUCGAGAUAGACGCGGACAUGGAUCUGGAUGAAACAAGUGGCGAGUGCAAGUCGGCGAUGCAGAGUUGGCGAUAUCGCCACCAUUUUACGUACAAGGCAGACCAGGGCAAGAAUAUCAUCGUGCAGUGUAACCUGUGUCUGCCGAGGGUCAACCUGCUGUCCACCUCCAAGACUUCCACGUCCAACCUGAAGAAGCAUUUAGAUCGAACACAUUUAGGCUGCGAUGCCAGGCCGGAUGUUAAAAGGGGUCGGAAGAGGGCGGAACACAACGGCGAGGAGAGUCGACACUGGCAGCUGAAGAAAGUAAAAGCCGAGAUCCUCUCCAAGUACAUGAGUCAGUCGAGGAUGGACGAGCUCAUCUUCAACUUCAUCAUGGAGGAUUGCCUGUCCUUUCAUGUUCUGGAGCAGCCUGGUUUCCAGAAGCUGAUCGCUGGGCUGACCGAAGGUCUGAAAACGAUGGACAGAGUGGCCUUGUUCGCAAAGAUGGACCAGGCCUUCACUGGGAUGCGGGAGGAGCUCUUGAGCAAGCUGAGUCAGAUCCAGUACGCGUGCACCACCGCAGACAUCUGGACCUUCAAUAACCGCAGUUUCUUUGCGAUGACCUGCCACUGGAUUGACCCGAAUUCUCUGGAGAGGAAAUCGGCUGCUUUGAGUUUUUCACGUCUGCGAGGAACCGUCUCCUUCGACACGGUUGUGCAGAAGAUGCACGAGGUCCACGUGGCCUACGGCAUCGAGGGUAAAGUCCAGACUACAGUCACGGACAACGCCAGCCCGUUCAUGAGCGUGUUCCGGGAGUACAUGAUGGACUCGCAGGAGAGUGACGAUGACAUCGGCGUCUUCGAGAAUGUCGCCUCACUUCUGGAUGGAGACCCGGAGCAGGACAUGAUGUUGUUUGUCCCUACAGUGCGGCGAUGUGCGUCACACCACCUGGAGCUGAUAGUGAGUGAGGACUUCUGGCAGGCAGUGUCCCAGGGCCCCACGUGUCAGCUGCAUUACAGCGCCAUGUGCAAGGUUUACUCCAUCUGGAGCAAAUGCCACCGCGUCCAGGUGGGUCUGCCUGCAGCCGAGGCCAUCGCCAAGAUGCCUCUGGUGGUCCCAAGCAUCACCCACUGGAAUGUGGAGUACUGUGCUCUGCAGAAGCUGGUAGGACUCAGCGAGCUGGACUUCACGGAGCUGUGCACACGCCUGGAGACACCGCAGCUGCUGCCUGAGGAGCUCGCCUUCCUCAAGGAGUAUGUGUCCGUCUUUCACCCGCUGGCUUUUGCUCUGGAGCUGUUCCAGGCGGAGCAGAAAUGCUUCCUGGGUCUGGUCAUCCCGACGGUUCUGAGCCUGAAGAACAAGCUGAACGAGCAGAAGGACUCGGCGACCUUCCUCGCCGAUGUCAUAAACGCCGUCGUUGCGGCCAUCGAUGUGCGUUUUAAAGACUUGUUCGCCAGCACGGAAGCCAAGUUCGCCACCGCGACAACGCCGCAGUUCCGCCUGUGGUGGAUGCCGGCGUCAGAACGGGAGGAGAUGUGCUCACUGCUGGCCACCGAGGCGUCACUGGUGGAGCCGUGUGCCGCCGCCGCCACUGCCAACGCCAGCCGAAGUGGCCCAACCAUCAAGUCUGAGGAUGACUUCUUCAGCUACGGAUCCGCCAAACCUGCAAUGGACGCGGAGCAAUGGGGCGUGACGGAGGAGAUCCAGAAGUACAUCGAGGGGACGGGCAAGGCUUUGGAGAGCCUGCAAGACUUCCCCCGAGUCAAGCAGCUCUUCCUCAAAUACAACACUCCACUGCCGUCCACCGCGCCAGUCCAGGGGCUCUUCAGCCAGAAGAGCAACAUCGUCACAUCUCAGAGGAUCUUUCUGACCGAGGACUACUUUGAGCGGCUUCAGCUGUUGAGAUACAACAGCAGCUUCUGCCGUUUUUCUUCUAAUUAAACUCAACCUUUUUUUAAGAUCUUGUAUAAUAGUUAUGGAAAUGGAUUAUGCAUUUUCCUCUUUAUUUCACUCGGAAAUGAAAUACAGUUUGUCUGUUUUCAGUGAGACUCGAUUUGAGUCCACCAGACGCCUGACUUCCUUUGACCUGCAGGUCCUGAGCAAAGUCUUUUGUAUUUCCCAACUCUGACAGUACUCGAUCUGCUGGUAUCUGGUGCGCGGCCGCUUGCGUCAACAGAAUCGGAUCCUGGGAGCAUUAGCCCCUCUGAGCCCAGAUGUCAGUGAGGAGCCUGCGGAGCUGUCAGAGCACCCCCUUCUGGGACCCGGCUGUCAGUGUGACACUUGUGCUGAUGGAACCCCGACGGAUGCGGAGGGAUUUGUUCGUCCACGU